AAGGGAAGGGGGGUUGAAAUCGCGCCCUGAAUCGCGCCGUGCUCACCGGCGAUACGCGCCCUAAACGUCGGUGAACGACGGUGAGAGAAAUCAGUGAACGACAAACGGUGUUUCACGCGAUACGCGACACCCGACAUCCGUGCGCGAUCAGCGACACGAUCAAUCCGACACCAUCGGAGGGAUGAAUCCGUGGGGGAUGAACGUCGCGUAAUUAGCUGAGUCAGAUCGGGGACCGCGAUCACCUCGAGUCGAGGUUCUCGCCGAUAAUCUCGUCGAUGCGACACGGCGAAACGGAAGAAAAGUGAUCCCAGAGAUUUAAUCCCCUUUCCUCCCUCGCGGAUCGCAUCGAAUCGUCGCGAGAGGAAUCGAAUACGCGUAAUCGCGACAUUAAAGUAAACACGCGCGCGCGCGCGCGCGCGUGGUGACACGGUCCAGAGAGAAUCCGUGUCAUCUCGCCUGGCGCGAGAAGGAUUCGCCUAUCGGAUCGUAUCGAUACAGGACUGCUGGCCGAGGAUUAUCCUCUGAUCGAGAUCCCGCUCGUCGCGAGGCGAGGAUGUGAUAUCGCGAGACAUGCACGCGUCGUAGUCGCAACGUUCGCGUCGAAGGAAAAAAAGAUGCAGUCGACCUGCCAGCAGCAACAAGCUCAGCCAGGCCAGAACGGAACUUCCGCCAGCAGGACGUCGUUCCUUAUCGAGGAUAUCCUUAGCCGCGGCACCGUCACCCCGCACGCUCACCAUCAUCAGCUGCAUCAUCAACACCUGACGUCGACUUCCGGCCACGGGCAGCACCAUCAGUACCAGCAGUUCGCCAGUCUGCUUCCCGGCUACCCCACGGCACCGCCCGCCGCGGCGGCCUUCUUCUUGGGGACCCGUCUUUUUCCG